UUUUAAGUAAAUAAUAAAUUAUUUAAUAUUUAGUUAGCUAUUAGUAAGGUUAGAGUAAAAUCAUAAAAUUUUAUAACUAUUAAAUUAAAAAGUAAAUUCAUUGAACAAUGUCUAAACUAAAGUUAUUUAUUCAAUUGCCAUUGAUUGUUAUAAUAUUGGCAAUAAUAUUAAGUGAGUCAAAUAAUCAGGUAAAAUGUAACAAUAACACCAACAUUAUCAGUAAUAACAUCAACAACAAUAGCGGCAAUAAUGUCAACAAUAGCGGCAAUAAUAUCAACAACAAUAGCCUCAAUAACAUCAACAACAAUAGCCUAAAUAAUGUUAACAACAAUAGCGGCAAUAACCUCAACAAUAGCGUCAUAUAUAAAUUACCUCCAGUUUCAUUAUUAACAUCUAAGAUGACUGGUCGAUGGUAUGCAAUCUAUGCAACAAAUCCGAACCAUAAUUUCAAUUUAGAUAUUGAAAAUUUAUUCGGAACUAAUCCGCCGGAAUUAAAAUUAACAAUUAGUGGAUCUAAAAAACCAACCUAUUCGGGAUAUACAAUAUUAGAUGACUUGAAUUUUAUUAAUAUUACCUAUGAAUCCGGUAGUCGUAUCUCAUUUAAUAUAUUGGACUAUGAUUUUGAUCGCUAUUUAUUAGUUAAAGUUUUACAUAAAAAUAAAGUUGGUAUAACACUUUAUAGUCGAUUCAAUGACCAAUUAGUUGAACAAUUAAGACAAUUGCAUAACGCUUACAAAAAACUGGAUCAAUUGGGUCUGAAAUUUAAUUUAAAAUCAACAAAACAACAGCCAAAACCAAAACAAAAGUCAAAACAAAAACCAAAACAACGUAAACAACAACGAAAAGGACGACAACAACUAAAACAACGUAUACCACAACAAAAGUUGGGUUAAAAUUGGGUUAAAAUUGGGUUAAAGUUAUAUAAAUUAAUAUACAGUUAGAUAACAAAAAUUUUCUGAAAAAUAAAUCCAAAAUUAUUCAAAAUUAAUUUAUAAAUUUAUAUAUAUAUAUAUAUAUAAAGACAU